UUAGGUUAUGAACAGGCAAAGAGGGAAAAUGUAUGGAAAAAGAGCAAGAAGGACCCACUUAUCCAACUAUCUUCCACAUACUCAAAUCCCCAACUUGCAGGCUCAAACACUUAGACCAGCUGACUAAACUGACUAGCAUUCAUUCAUUUAGGAAGAUCCAUACAGCCAUUAUCUGAUCAUGGCAACAACUGCUUGUUUGCUACCCAAAACCAUCUCUCCUUUUCGGAAAAACCCACCUUCAAUUCCUUCAAUAACCCAUUUCACCUACUCCAAGCCAUUAUUCUUGAACCACCCACAAGACCAGCAACCUAGAAGACCAGCCAUUCACACCCAGGCAAAGAAAGCCUCAUGGUUUGUUGACCCUUUUGAUCAAGAAGAGGAUCCCGAUCUGGAGUAUGGAUCAUUGUUUAGGGAUGGAAAGCAGGAGGAGGAUCCUAGACCACCUGAUAACCCGGAUAACCCUUAUGGGUUCUUGAAGUUCCCGAUGGGGUACAGUGUGGAGAUUGCUUCAUUGGCAUCGAAAGUAAGAGGGGAUGUGAGGAGGUGUUGCUGUAUAAUUUCCGGUGGCGUUUAUGAGAACUUGCUCUUCUUUCCUGCUAUUCAACUGAUUAGGGACAGGUAUCCUGGUGUUCAAAUCGAUGUAAUAGCGUCUCCGAGAGGAAAACAGACUUAUGAGAUGAAUAAGAAUGUGAGAUGGGCUAAUGCAUAUGAUCCUGAUGAUGAUUCUGUAGACCCAGCAGAUUACAUGGACAUGCUUGGUUUACUCAAGAGUAGAUACUACGAUUUGGUCGUAUCGACCAAACUGGCAGGACUAGGCCAUGCGGCAUUUUUGUUUAUGACAUCAGCUCGAGACAGAGUUAGCUACAUUUACCCCAAUGUAAAUGCAGCAGGAGCCGGAUCACUUCUAACAGAAAGUUUCAGGGCAGAUAGCAUGAAUCUUUCGGAGGGAGGAUACCAUAUGUACCAUCAGAUGCUUGAUUGGUUGGGGAGACCAUAUCGUAGUCUGCCAAGGCAACCUGUGCCCCCAUUGAAAGUAUUGAUUUCAAGGAAACUAAAGGCGGUUGUCGAGGAAAAAUAUAGGAAUGCAGGUGUAGAGAAAGGAAAAUAUAUUGUCCUUCAUGGGAUAGAAUCAGAUUCACAGGCCUCAAUGCAGUCUAAGGGGGACACAGACAGCUUGCUACCUAUUCAAAAAUGGGCUAAAAUAGCUGAAACUGUAAGGGAUUUUACCCCAGUAUUUGUGAUUCCACAUGAGAAAGAAAGGGAAAAUGUGGAGGAAAUAGUUGGAGAUGAAGCCAGUAUUGUGUUUAUCACUACUCCUGGACAGCUUGCUGCUCUAAUCAACGACUCCGCUGGAGUAAUAGCUACGAACACAGCUGCUAUCCAACUUGCAAAUGCUCGAGAAAAACCAAGCAUUGCAUUGUUUUGCUCUGAAGAGAAGGCGAAACUGUUUGUUCCUAAUGCAGCAGAGAAGAAAUGUGGUGUUGUUUCGUCAAAAACAGGGAAGUUGAUAGAUAUUGAUGUAGAGGAUGUAAGAAAUUCACUGCAAAUUUUUGACGUCUCUAGCUCUCGAGUAGGAGAGGAGGCCCUCACCCCUCUUGUAAAUCUCUCUGUCUCCUAGCUAGUUUUCUUUUGCUUUGUAAUUCCCUUACAAUUGUAUAUUGGUUCAUCUAAAGUUUUGAAUUUUGAUAACUAAAUACACAAAUAUUGGUGAUAGAUGUAA